GGAAUAUUUUACAUCCAUUGUAGGCUACGACAUUAAUAAGGUCUGGUUACAUUUGAGAAAUGGGAAGGUGCGUAGCUUUUAAAUUACUACUAUAGCACAACAGGUUCCAACUGUAGACUACUGGGCUUCAUCUCUCAGCACUGGAAAUAUGUUUUCUGCCCGCAGAUAAAUAAACAUAAGCGCGCAUGAGGAUAUUGGAGAAGGAAGCGCCAUUAUGUAUUUAAAUAAACAGCAACGGGUAGGCCGGUGAAUAAAGAAACGCAUAUUUAAAUGAGCGACUGUAUUUCAAUAUACUUAAAAUGAAUUUAAGAUGGAAACAGGCGGCCGUAAGUGGGGCGCGUGGCCACUAGCCUCAUCAUUAUGCUUCGAUGACAGAUCGCCCAGAGAACCGCUGGAAGCCAGGUUGGUAAAUAUAGAAAUCGCGAAUAUGCUUGACAGAAAAGUGGCGUCGUAUUCUGCGUCAUUUCAGCAAAAACAAUUAUGCAAGAAAACGCUACGCAUGCACAUCGGGGCUUGGAAUAAACGUCCAUGUCGUAGGCGAUCUGAGCUGUCUGCCUAUCUUUAUCAUUGUGCAGCCUAGCUCCGCCUUCCUACCUGUAAAGCUCACUUGCUAUCUUUCCAGCAGAUCUGACAGCCCCUAUCAGCUGGCCGCUGUGUAGAGACUGAGGCAGAGUGAAUGGGGACGGCCAAAUAGCUGGCGCUGGCCGCGGAAUAAAACCGCACAACCGCAAUUAAAAUUACAAUUUCAUCAGAGAAUGGCGAUCGAAAGAUUCCUUCCAUCUGAAAGCCUACAAGAUUAUUGACAAGGUGCCGUUUGAGAGAGGAGGGAAAUCGAUGACCAACCGUUAAGCGACUGGGGUCCCUAACUCGAAGAAAGCUGGGUCGCAUUCUCGCUGAUUGAGGUCUAUUUUAUGCUCGCAGUAAAGAUCUAUAAGCUACACCAACCAAAGCCGAGACGACAGUUGUGAACUGAAUAUAUCUGCAAGAUGGAAUUGUCCAGGAAGGUUUGGGAAAAUCCGUCAAAAUGAGAGCGCACCGCCGUCACUAACGCGGAUUUAAAUGCGUUUUGCAGAGGGACACAGACUCGCUGUUUGAGCUUCGAAGCCCAGCUCGCCUGCUUGCCUGGCUCAUGAUUGGAAAUCGUCCUGUGUUGAAGGAAACUGGGGUAAAAUAACAACUGAAGGGAGAGGGAUAUUUGAACCAAUAUGGCUGAUGCGUGGAGCCGGGAACGCGGGCUGGAGCUCUCCAAGGCUUUUGGAUGCUAGCUGUGGCAGAUGGCAACGGUUCGUAUGGCGUCCGCAGCAGUAUAAUGAGUGCUAAUAUCAAUAGGCCUAAUAUAAAUCCGGACUCUGUAUACAUUUCCAAGAUGGAUGUGAUCAUCCCGUUCUCACCAGACGUGCCAUGUGAUAGCAAUGGCCAGCGCAUGUGGUGGGCAUUUCUCGCCUCAUCCAUGGUAACAUUCUUUGGGGGUCUGUUCAUCAUUCUCCUCUGGAGGACCCUCAAAUACCUGUGGACGGUGUGCUGCCACUGCAACGUCAAAAACAAGGAGGUGCAUAAGGUCAACAACCCGGCCAAUAACCCGGCAGAUGGGGCGUCCAAGGCCAAUGGGGAGAAAGAGGAGGUGGCCCCCAUCAGCGAGGUGGGCUGGAUGACCUCCGUCAAAGACUGGGCCGGGGUCAUGAUCUCCGCUCAGACCCUGACCGGCAGAGUGCUGGUUGUGCUGGUGUUUGCCCUCAGCAUAGGAGCUCUUGGGAUUUACUUCAUAGACUCCUCAGACCCCAUAGAAUCCUGUCAGAACUUCUACAAGGACUUCACGCUACAGAUCGACAUGGCUUUCAAUGUCUUCUUCCUGCUUUACUUUGGCUUGCGCUUCAUCGCAGCCAAUGAUAAGCUGUGGUUCUGGCUGGAGGUGAACUCUGUGGUGGACUUCUUCACGGUGCCGCCGGUGUUUGUGUCGGUGUAUUUAAACAGGAGCUGGCUGGGUCUGAGGUUCCUAAGAGCUUUAAGGUUGAUACAGUUCUCAGAAAUUUUACAAUUUUUGAAUAUCUUAAAAACAAGCAACUCCAUCAAGCUGGUGAACCUGUGUUCCAUCUUUAUUAGCACAUGGCUAACGGCUGCAGGAUUCAUUCAUCUGGUGGAAAACUCAGGGGACCCUUGGGAAAACUUCCAGAAUUCCCAAUCACUUUCCUAUUGGGAGUGUGUGUACUUACUAAUGGUCACUAUGUCCACUGUGGGAUACGGAGAUGUCUAUGCAAGAACUACCCUGGGGCGCCUGUUCAUGGUGUUCUUCAUCCUCGGUGGUUUGGCCAUGUUUGCCAGCUACGUCCCUGAAAUCAUAGAGUUAAUAGGAAACCGCAAGAAAUAUGGCGGGUCCUAUAGCGCGGUAAACGGACGAAAGCACAUUGUGGUCUGUGGUCAUAUAACGCUCGAAAGUGUAUCCAACUUCCUGAAAGACUUCCUCCACAAGGACAGGGAUGAUGUCAAUGUAGAAAUUGUUUUUCUCCAUAAUAUUUCCCCUAAUCUUGAGCUGGAAGCCUUAUUUAAGCGCCACUUCACUCAGGUGGAGUUUUACCAGGGAUCUGUUCUCAAUCCGCAUGAUCUGGCCAGAGUGAAGAUUGAGUCUGCUGAUGCCUGUCUGAUCCUGGCUAAUAAAUACUGUGCAGAUCCUGAUGCUGAAGACGCCUCCAAUAUCAUGAGGGUCAUCUCCAUCAAGAAUUAUCAUCCAAAGAUACGAAUUAUCACUCAGAUGUUACAGUACCACAAUAAGGCCCAUCUGCUGAACAUUCCGAGCUGGAACUGGAAGGAGGGGGACGAUGCCAUCUGCCUGGCCGAGCUGAAGGCUGGGUUCAUCGCCCAGAGCUGCCUGGCCCAGGGUCUCUCCACCAUGCUGGCCAACCUCUUCUCCAUGAGGUCCUACAUCAAGAUCGAAGAGGACACAUGGCAGAAAUAUUAUCUGGAAGGAGUAGCCAAUGAAAUGUACACAGAGUACCUGUCUAGUGCCUUCGUAGGCCUGUCGUUUCCUAUGGUUUGUGAAUUGUGCUAUGUGAAGCUGAAGCUUUUGUUGAUAGCCAUUGAGUACAAGUCAGAACAAAGAGAAAGCAGAAGCCGAAAGCGUAUUCUUAUCAACCCUGGGAACCACGUAAAGAUGCAGGAAGGGACCUUAGGAUUCUUCAUCGCCAGCGAUGCCAAAGAAGUGAAGAGGGCAUUUUUCUACUGCAAAGCGUGUCAUGAUGACAUCACAGACCCCAAAAGGAUCAAAAAGUGUGGCUGCAAGCGGUUGAUAUAUUCCAAGAUGUCCAUCUCCAAAAGAAUGAGGCUGGCAUGUUGUUUUGAUUGCGGCAGUUGCGAUCGAGACUGCGCGUGCAUGUCAGGCAGUGUACAUAGUAACGUGGACACCCCCCCGAGAGCCUACCCGCUUUCCUCUGUCUCUGUAAAUGAAACCAGUUUACGUGCCUUGGAAGAGGAGCACCCGUCAACACUGUCGCCAAAAAAAAAGCAGAGAAACGGCGGCAUGCGAAAUUCGCCCAACUGCUCGCCCAAAAUGACGAGGCAUGACCCCUUACUGAUUCCGGGAAGUGAGCAGAUUGAGAACAUGGACAUUAACGUGAAGAAGUACGACUCCACGGGCAUGUUCCACUGGUGUCCCUCUAAGGAGAUUGAGAAGGUCAUUCUGACACGGAGCGAGGCCUCCAUGACGGUUCUGAGUGGCCAUGUGGUGGUCUGCAUAUUUGGGGACUUCACGUCCGCGCUGGUGGGCCUGCGGAACCUGGUGAUGCCCUUGAGGGCGAGCAACUUCCACUACCACGAGCUGAAGCCCAUCGUGUUCGUGGGCUCCCUGGAGUACCUGAAGAGGGAGUGGGAAACGCUCCACAACUUCCCCAAGGUGUCCAUCUUACCUGGUACGCCAUUAAGCCGGGCUGAUUUAAGGGCUGUCAACAUCAACCUCUGCGACAUGUGCGUUAUCCUGUCAGCCAAUCAGAACAAUAUCGACGAUGCCUCACUGCAGGACAAGGAAUGCAUCUUGGCUUCGCUCAACAUCAAGUCUAUGCAGUUUGAUGACAGCAUCGGGGUCUUGCAGGCUAAUUCCCAAGGUUUCACGCCUCCCGGGAUGGACCGGUCCUCUCCAGACAACAGCCCGGUCCACGGCCUCGUGCGACAAGCUUCCGUCACCACCGGCGCGAACAUCCCCAUCAUUACUGAGCUGGCCAAACCGGGCAAACUACUGCCUUUGGUUUCACUGAAUCAGGAAAAAAACAGUGGAACCAACAUUCAAAUGAUAACUGAACUGGUGAACGACUCCAACGUUCAGUUCCUGGACCAAGACGAUGACGACGAUCCGGACACGGAGCUGUACCUCACUCAGCCCUUCGCCUGCGGGACGGCGUUCGCCAUCAGCGUGCUGGACUCCUUAAUGAGCGCGACGUACUUCAACGACAACAUCCUGACUCUGAUCCGGACGCUGGUGACGGGGGGGGCUACGCCGGAGCUGGAGGCCUUGCUGGCGGAGGAGAACGCACUGCGGGGGGGGUACAGCACCCCCCAGACCCUGGCCAAUCGGGACCGGUGCCGCGUGGCACAGCUGGCGCUGUACGACGGGCCCUUCGCUGACCUGGGGGAUGGUGGCUGCUAUGGUGACCUCUUUUGUAAAGCAUUGAAAACAUAUAACAUGCUUUGCUUUGGAAUUUACCGGUUAAGAGAUGCACAUCUCAGCGGUCCAAGCCAGUGCACCAAGAGAUACGUCAUUACCAAUCCGCCGUACGAGUUUGAGCUGGUCCCCACCGACCUCAUCUUCUGCCUGAUGCAGUUUGACCACAACGCCGGCCAAUCACGGACGAGCCUGUCCCACUCCUCACACUCCUCCCACUCCUCCAGUAAAAAGAGCUCCUCCGUGCACUCCAUCCCCACCGUCAACCGGCCCAGCCGGAGCAAGGCCCGCGAGUCCAGGGACAAGCAGAAUGCAACAAGGACGAAUAGAGUGAGCCAAGGGAAACGACACUAUAAAAGUAUCAGCGUUUUACAGGAAAACACUAAACAGGAAAAGAAAUGGUUUACAGAUGAACCGGAAAAUGCCUACCCAAGGAACAUUCAGAUCAAGCCCAUGAGCACUCACAUGGCCAAUCAAAUCAACCAAUACAAGUCCACAAGCAGCCUGAUUCCACCAAUCAGAGAAGUUGAAGAUGAAUGCUGAUCAGCUGACCCCUGGGGUCGUGUGGGAAAAGCAUGGACAUUCUCCUGAAAGAAAGGAAGUGCAGAUGAUCACGAUGCUGUCUGGUUCUUUUCUCCUCACGCGUACCGCUCCUUAAGGUUUUACACGAUAGACGGGACCCUCUUAUGUGUAUACUAUAUGUUACUUCCAUGCUCUUUGAAAAUAUUUUAUUUAUAAAUGUAUACAGGAUACAUGUAUAUAAUGACAAUCAUUUACGGAUUGUACAGCCUUUAGCACUUUUUGAAAUGAUUUUAAGAGAUAUCUCCUGUAAUUAUUUGCAAUAGUACGCUGUGUCUGUGACCGGACUCCUUAUUUUCCCUUUUGGGGAGGAUGAGGGCCAUUAUAGUGGGUGUAAAAAGGACAUUUCCCAAAGAAUCACACCACAGACUUCAUAUCAGCCAGACAUUCAUGUAUUUUGUUAUGCAUAUCAAACAUUUGCUUCUUUUAAUGAUUUGCACUAAAUGAAACUAUUUUUUGAAAGGAACAAGUAGUAGUUUAUCAAAUAUAAGCAGUUUAUCAAAAUGUAAAAAUCAUGGAAAGAGUCAACCUUUUUUUAUAUUUUUCACUUGAUUGGAGGAAAUAUCUGUGGCUUUAUACAGAAGGUACUGAACCAGAGGUUUGCAAGAACAGGAGUUAGCAGAUGCUGCAGUGAACUAUAGAAUAAUAUGAAUGAUUGCAUUCCAGUUGUGUGACACUACCACAGUCCUAGAUGCUGCAGAAAUACACUGAUACCCACUCCUUGGGUUUGCCUGGGUUUGCACCUGCUGAUUUAGCCAACAAUAUCCUGACCAUGUGCUAUCGCAUAUAAUCUCUACAGUGUAUCCCUGAAUUUGUCCCCUGUGGACCAUUUAAUAUGGGUCUUCCCCUGACUCUGCACAUACGCGCGUGCUACAGGUCCACACAUAUUUCUCAGUUCUAUAUCUGUACCAGAUUUCUGAGCAAUUUCUCAGAAUGCAGAACCUGGCAGUGACACUGUGCUAAUCCGUAUGAGUUUUCACCCUCCGGACUCUGCGCUAUGAUUGAGCUGCUCAAAUGUGAAUUAGGACGCGUUGACGUGUUUUUGGCGACAGCACUGAAGAUGAGAUCUGCGUGAUGUAACAUGGGAAGUGAUGUGAACUGCAGAAUGCCAUGUUGGAGCACAUUAUUAAAAUGUCUGCAGAUUUCCUCGGUCCAGAUUUGAGAAUGCCACGUAUUGCGUACAGCAGGCAUUUAACGGGUCCUCCUUUGGCUGUGGCCACUGCCUGGCACAGAGUUGGCAUGGAGGCGGUUAGAAGUGCUUGGAUGUUCUCCAUGACCAAUCUCCACACCACAUCAUUCAAACAAAUUUACCCGACAUUUGAACUACAGAAGCUCAAUCAUAGUUGCACUUGCACUGUUGGGGGUGGGAGGGGAAUACGGAUGGCACUAGAGAAUGCAAUCUUUCAGUUAUUCUGGUAGAGACAUAAAUCACAGGCAUUCCGAUUUCCCCGGUCCCCAUGUGCGUUCAUCAUGAAACCACACCCAUCCUCUUACAGGUUUGACGUUGUGAUUUGUUGGCAGAACCAUUCAGAUGCUAUUCUUAAAUUCAGAAUUAUUUGCUAAGAUUUUCAGGUUAAUUUAAAUUUAAGCCUCACAGUAAUUCCAUUUCAUGUUAAUUUUUAUACAUCUUUGGCACUUCACAUUGACACAGAAUUAAACUACAUCACAUCCAUGCUGAAAAUACGAACUUCAUUACUUGACAAACCAAACAUCUUAAUGUUGAUGACAUUUUUAUUCUGCUUUCUGUGAGUUAUGUAAAAUCAUGAUCAUCCUUAUUUUUUAUUUUUUUUAAAAGCAAUGUUUUACAGUUUUUCCACAAACCCUUCUAAGCAACUACAAGUACUUCACAAAUAAGAACGCUGAUUUGGUUUCCUUUGAGUGUUAAAAACCUGGGUGGUGUCUCUGCCGCAGUGUUAAUCGAGUCUCCCAUUUGCAUCUCGCAUUCUGAAGGGAAGAAAAAUGUGAAUGACACAAAAAUUAAGUUACCAAUCCAACUGUGCGUAAUCUGAAGUUUAGAAGAGUGUAUCUAACUAACAGUGACUUGAUGUGCAUGAAGCCAGCUCAUUUAUUAAGGCCUGCAGCCAGCUCUGUUGUGAAAUGGGUGGAACUUAAUUAUUUUCAUUAUUACUAUUUGACCUAAAUUAGGUCUCAUUAACGGAGAAGAACAGUCAGAUAUUUUCAUUUGUCUUGACAAAUAAAAUUCUCUCUGACUUGUGUUGGGAAAAAAAAUAAAUACCACAAGAUAACCAUCAGAGCAUCCCUGCCUACGGGCAGUGGAGGCAGUAGCCGUAAGAAAUGGAAAAAUAAUUUUUUAAUCACUGGGGGGAAGAGAACCCGCCCUGUAAAUUCUGCCGUUCCCAGAGAACAUUUUAAGCAAAACUGUUCCAGCUUCUGUCUGUCUGUCCCCUGGCUGUGGUGCGGUAUGAUGUUGAGCUUAUCGUGUCCACAUAAGCCUUGUUCUGGAGUGAAGUUUUGAAUUGUGACUGCAUUGUUGUUACACUUUGUAGCAAGUAGACUAAAGAAAAAUGUGAGUAUAAUGUACAUAUAAUUGGAUUGUUGAUAAAAUUCCUAUUAGCCAGAAAAGAUGAUAAUGGUAUAUAUUCAUUUCACUUCAGAAAAGAGAAAGAUGAUUUUUUCAUAUAGAAAUAUUCACUCUGCUUCCUAUUACUUCAAAUCCUGUCCUGUAACAAAAUUCAAGAUUUUUGUUGAAAUGAAAAAAACCUGUUCAAGUAAGUAAAGUUUAUUGAUGUCAAGUGUCAUUUGAUGUCAUAAAAUAGCUUAUUACUGAGACAAAUAUUUAGGGGAGCACCUAUUUAAGCUAAGGUAUAGAGAAUUAAAGAUCUCCUUUAGUAUGUUUUUCUUGUGAAAUUUAUAUUUAAGGGGUUACAUUCCAUAUUGUCAGCUGUUUUACUUUGAUUAGCAAUACUCUCGGUUCGUUUGCUGCUACAACACUCUUUACAUUUUGAAAGUUCUGCAAUAUCAGUCAGUUAAAAACCAUGCGAACAUGCAGUAAUAAAGAGUGCCUAGACACUAUCUAGCAGCACAUAUCAGUUAGAUUUUUUUAUUUUAUUCAUUUGUUUCAUUUCUGAGGCCAAUAGCAUUUCUGUGAUGGUAAACAGUGCGAGACUGAGCUUAUUACCCCACCCCCCCCCCCCCCAGCUCUGGGCAGAGGUGUGUGGCAGCGUGCUGUGGUACUGGCGUAGAGAACAUCCAAGCCUCAGACGCCUCUACGCCAGUGCACCAGUGUCAGGCAGUGUGUGCCAGUGCACCAGUGUCAGGCAGUGUGUGCCAGUGUGCCAGUGUCAGGCAGUGUGUGCCAGUGUGCCAGUGUCAGGCAGUGUGUGCCAGCCAAAGGAGGAUCCCAUAAGACCUGCUGUUGCGAAAAGUGGCAUGGAGAGAGGUUAGGGGCACGCGUGCAAAUACACCUUUCCAUACCCGUCUUCAAAACCAAACAAGGUGUGUGUUACACUGUAUGUACAUAUAUAAAUAUUAAUCUUAUAUAUGUAUAUACAUAUAUAUAUAUAUAAUAGCUGUUUCUCAUUAAUGUGAGACAUUUCACAGCUGGAGCACAGCGAUGAGAGCAGGACAGUGCGGUGUGAGCUCACAGCUGGAGCACAGCGAUGAGAGCAGGACAGUGCGGUGUGAGCUUACAGCUGGAGCACAGCGAUGAGAGCAGGACAGUGCGGUGUGAGCUUACAGCUGGAGCACAGCGAUGAGAGCAGGACAGUGCGGUGUGAGCUCACAGCGAUGAGAGCAGGACAGUGCGGUGUGAGCUUACAGCUGGAGCACAGCGAUGAGAGCAGGACAGUGCGGUGUGAGCUUACAGCUGGAGCACAGCGAUGAGAGCAGGACAGUGCGGUGUGAGCUUACAGCUGGAGCACAGCGAUGAGAGCAGGACAGUGCGGUGUGAGCUCACAGCGAUGAGAGCAGGACAGUGCGGUGUGAGCUCACAGCUGGAGCACAGCGAUGAGAGCAGGAGAGUGCGGUGUGAGCUCACAGCUGGAGCACAGCGAUGAGAGCAGGAGAGUGCGGUGUGAGCUCACAGCUGGAGCACAGCGAUGAGAGCAGGACAGUGCGGUGUGAGCUCAGCGAUGAGAGCAGGACAGUGCGGUGUGAGCUCACAGCGAUGAGAGCAGGACAGUGCGGUGUGAGCUCACAGCUGGCCAUCAGGCUCCUCUUUAGCAGGUGGUUUAACGCGCACCUGUCUGGUGUGUGCGGUCAGGUUCCCAUCAACCGUGUGAGGUCACCUGGCCCGUGGCAUUGUGCUGCACCUCGCAGAUUUAUUUUCUUGCUGUAAGGGAUGUGACAUCUUUAUUGAUAAUUUCUGGAAAUUAUAAUAGACAGGUGUAAAACAUAAUUUUGGAUAAGGGGUGGGGGGGAUGUAAGUCUUAAGUAAGUGUAAAGAAUUACAUUUGGCUGUUUUUUAUGGUAAAACUAGCAUUCUUUUGGGUAGUGUAAUGGCUGCCUUUCAUCCAGGAUACAUUCAGGACAUUCAUACAAAGUGUGUGUGACUCUGUGACAUACGCUCAUUUAACAGGAAAGAAAGGUGGUAUAGAAAUGGAAUCCAUGGAUUUGCUUCAGCUAAAGGAAUUGUGGAGAAACUGAUGGUGCUGAGUUGAUCUACCUGACUCUGUCAUAAAUAAUAUCUGCUGAUAAAUAUGCUGUCUUGUAAAAAAAAGAAAAAAGAAGUUUGUACAUAAAUUGUACAUGGUUUCAUUUUGUAUUUUCUCAAAUUAAAAUGGAUGUAUUUGUGGUCUAUAA